UGUCCCAUAGAUGGGAAGCUGUUUAGUCAAAUACAAAAUGGGGAUAAAUUUACCAAUCAGCCUGAAGCUGAUGAUCAAGCUAAUUCAGAGCAUGAUGACUAUGAUGAAGAUGUUAUGACUGGUUCGUAUGGUGAGAUUUCCUUGGAUAGGGAGCUUCUUAGUGGUGCUAAAAAUAGUGAUUCCCAGAGCAGUAGGGAGGAUGACAAGCUUUUACCGUUUUGUGAAGAUAAGGACGAUGUUGCGAAUGAAGAUGGAUUGAGGGAAAAGAAAAGACCAGAUAGCCUAAUCUUAACAAAAACUUCACCAGUUUUGCCUAAAAAUGAUGAAGCAUCUGCUUCAGCUCCAGAAUCGGGCUGCGUGCAGCAAGUGCAUCAGAGCCAGCAGACAUCAGAUGGUCGCACAACUAGCGCUGAAGCCUCGCCAUCUUUGAGCUCAGAUGAAUUUGCUCUCCAUUCAUCUGGUCUUGCUCGAACCGGUAGUGAUACUAGUGGACUUUCAGAACUGCAGGGUACUUUGACAGUGGACGGUGACUUGGUGACGUUUGUAGCUGAGGACUUGCAGGAGAAGAUCAAAAUGAGCAAAUCAUCAUCUUUUCCUGGAUCUCGUUCCUCUACACCCAGUCUGUACCGACAAACUCUGCAGCCUAGCGUUCAAGUAAUAGAUCCAAAUGUUUUGACAGAUUUAGAAACUCAUGCUAAAAAAGUGGCUACAUGUGUUGAUACUAUGCUAGAAAAUUUGAGUGGUACUUUACAAAGUAUUUCUUCAUUAACUGUUGACUGCAUGGAAACAUAUGAAAACUCAGUUUGCAAAACCUGUGAUGCUGUAGAUGUAAAUAUUAAAGCAAUAUAUCAAUUAGUGGCCAAAUGUGAAGAAUUGAGUAACUCAAUGGGACCUCUUUAUCGAAUCUCAGAAAAUAUAAAACAAAUUAAAAAAAUGCUUGAUCAGUUGGAACAUAUCGUUGAGCAAAAAUCCUGAUGAUGUGACGCACAUGUUUUAAAACACACAUACAUUUUUUGUUACGUAAUAAAUCAAUAAAUAGUUCUUGUUAUAUUUGAUUUCAUAUAAUUUAUACCUAAACCUAUAAAU